CGUGUGCUCGUUGUUUUGCUCGAUGUGUCGUCUGUUUUUGGAAAACUCCACGAGAAAACGAUCGCCGGUCAAUCCCCGUCACUGGAGAAUGCGGUGAAUUGGCGAGUCCAAUCAUUGUCACGGCAGACGUAAACGAAGGUCGCGUAGUUAGCACCCCACCCUCAGCGGCCAGCCGAGACGACGGAGUGCCUUGCGUACGGCUGGCCAGCCGUCUCAACACUUUCGUCAGUUGUUCGGUCCACGUGGGCGCUUCCCGUCACGUCCACUACCCCAGUUUGAACGCCUGUCUGAUCCAUCAGGGCCGAUCUCGCGGCUUCCAGUGCCGCACGGUCCACUUUGGUUACGCCAUUCCAGUCAUCGUCCAUCGGCAUUCGACAGGCACAAGCGGCCGACAUUCGUGCGAGAUCGUCUUGGAUAGUCAUGCGACUCUGGAGCCGGCCACUGCUUCUUAUCUUUUAGAACAGCAUCCGGAUUUAGUGGCCAUCGGUGCCACGCUUCGCAAUCCGAACGCGUCGGCUUCAGCGCAAACAGCAGACGGACCACAGGCCGUAAUUCAAGCUGCAAAACUGGCAGCCUUCAAGUCCGUCGAGGUGCGGACUCAUCACCGCUCCGGAUCGCAGACACCGCUCAUCCAAUCCGACGUCUCGUCCUCCAACAAGAUGGCCGUCGAUCCCAACGAACUGUACGAUCAGCUGAUGCGUCAGAAUUCUGCCGAGCAGGACAUUCAAGCCAUUGCGAAACAGAUCUCCGAUCACGCCGAAGCCAUUUAUCAGACGUGGAAAUCGAAAGGAUUGACGCCCAAUGAGCUGCUUCAUUUACAUUCGACGGAGACGGAGAGUCCAGGCGACGUUGCCACUACACCGGCCUUCCGUCAAAUGCGAACUUCGUCGUCGAUGGAUCGACGAAGUGCGUCAGAGAGACCCAAAUCGGGAUCGUCUUUAUCUCCGGUCGAAUUGUUAGCCAGUCCGCAAUUGGACGCCACUUUGGAACAGCUCGUUAAUAGUUUCGUUCACGAAGAUAAAGCUAGAUUGGCGGCUAGGGCGCGGACGGUCUCGCCAUCGCCGGCGGGCGUCCAGCAAGCCACAGCGGCCUCUACCAUUCAGACGGCCCUCAAACGUUUCGAAAUGAAGGGUCUCAACUACGAAUCGGCUCGUGCGCCUUCCAAUCGGGUGACGCAAUCGGAGCCACCAGCUGACGUGACAGUGAGGAGUUCGCCCUCUUUCCAGGAAGCCGUGCAGUCAAGUAAUCGGACGUCACCUGGACAAGCAGCGGAACCCACGGGGACGGUGAAAAGCCGGGCGCAAAGAUUCGCCACUCGCAUCGAACUAGCGAACGCGUCUCACGUUUCGCCCAGCUGGCCGGUCAAGCGAGCCGUCUCGCCCGGACCGGUUCAAUAUCACAAGGUCACCGUAGUAGCUGAAGUGGCAGCUCACCAUCCGGUUGCCGCCGCACCGACACCCAAGUCCCCGUCGAACACGAGCGAAGUGGACAAGGAAGAGGAAAAACUAAUCAACGCCCUCAAGACGGGCCGGAUCAUUGACGAAGUCGCAGUUCCUAAUUCUCAAACACCCAGCGAUCAUUUUCAUCAGUCGAUGAUCAAGAAAACGAGAGAACGGCAUCAGCGGACUGCCCCGACGCCGCGAGCCGGAAAUGCGGAAGAGGAACUCGAAUCGCUGGUUGGCCGGUUGAAGAUCACGGAACCGGCGUCUAGGACGUCCGCCAGCAGAGAAAACAGUCCCAGGGCCCAUAACGUUGGGUGUUCGCGAUGGAUCGCCUGCGCGAUCCACCUCUCCGCGCUCCGUCAAACUCUCUGAAA